ACCUGCCCCAUCUGCGUGCUUGCAACCAGCUCAGUAUUGGUUCCCCCCACACGCCAUGCCGCACUUUAUAGCCCUUAAUGUCGCUAGGCAGUGGGCCUUAAGGAAGACCUUCAUUUUAGCCAGUUAUCGACAGUCGAGGACUAUGUCAACGCUCCUGAUCAAUCAGCCUAAAUACUCGUGGCUGAAAGAACUGGGCCUGAAAGAGGAAAAUGACGGCGUGUAUAAUGGGACCUGGGGAGGCAAGGGAGAGGUCGUCACUUCAUAUUGCCCAGCCAACAAUGAGCCGAUUGCCAGAGUUCGCCAGGCGACCAUGGCAGAAUAUGAAGAAACUGUGCAGAAGGCCAAGGAGGCCUGGAAAAUCUGGGCAGAUAUUCCAGCACCGAAACGAGGGGAGAUCGUGCGGCAGAUAGGAGAUGCACUGAGGAAACAGAUUAAAGUCCUGGGGAGCUUGGUGUCCCUGGAGAUGGGUAAGAUCUACGUGGAGGGCGUCGGAGAGGUGCAGGAGUACGUCGACGUGUGUGACUACGCCGUCGGCCUGUCACGGAUGAUUGGUGGCCCUGUGCUCCCCUCGGAAAGACCUGGCCAUGCUCUGAUUGAGCAAUGGAACCCAGUGGGGCUUGUAGGCAUCAUCACGGCCUUCAACUUCCCCGUGGCUGUGUACGGCUGGAACAACGCAAUUGCGCUCAUCUGUGGCAACGUUUGCCUCUGGAAAGGGGCCCCCACAACACCUCUGACCAGCGUCGCGGUGACAAAAAUCGUGGCAGGGGUUCUGGAGCAGAACAACCUUCCUGGAGCCAUCUGUUCCAUGACCUGCGGCGGUGCCGACAUUGGGGAGGCGCUAGCAAAAGAUGAGCGUGUGGGCCUGGUCUCUUUCACCGGCAGCACUCAUGUGGGGAAGAAGGUGUCCCUGAUGGUGCAGGAGAGGUUUGGCCGUCAGUUGCUGGAGUUGGGGGGCAACAAUGCCAUUAUAGUGUUUGAAGAUGCAGACCUCAACCUCGUCGUCCCCUCGGCCGUCUUUGCCGCAGUGGGAACCGCGGGUCAGCGUUGCACCACUACGAGGAGGCUGAUGCUGCACGAGAGCGUUCACAAUGAUGUCGUGGAGAGAAUAGCCAAAGCGUACAAACAAAUCCGCAUCGGUGACCCCUGGGACCCAAACACACUGUACGGACCACUCCACACCAAACAGGCCGUGGAACAAUACAAGCAGGCUUUGGAUCAAGCAAAACAGCAGGGAGGAACUAUUGUGUAUGGAGGAAAGGUGAUGGACCGUCCCGGGAACUACGUGGAACCUACCAUCAUAACCGGCCUGACGCAUGACGCCCCCAUCGUGCAGACGGAGACCUUUGUACCCAUCCUUUAUGUGUUGAAGUUCAAGAACGAGGAGGAAGCCUUCGCCUGGAACAAUGAGGUUAAGCAGGGGCUGUCCAGCAGCAUCUUCACCAAAGACAUGGGCCGCGUGUUCCGCUGGCUUGGCCCCAAAGGAUCUGACUGCGGGAUCGUGAACGUGAACAUUCCGACCAGCGGGGCCGAGAUCGGCGGCGCCUUUGGAGGAGAAAAACACACCGGAGGUGGGAGGGAGUCGGGCAGUGACUCCUGGAAGCAGUACAUGAGGAGGUCCACCUGCACCAUCAACUACAGCAAAGACCUUCCCCUGGCCCAGGGAAUCAAGUUUGAGUGACGUGAUGGAGGACAUGCCCUUCACAAGCUGGCAGGACAGCAAAACCCUGGAUUAUAUUCUCACUGAACCGUUUAUUUUCUUCAUUACUGGACAAAUGUGAAAUGUGCUCGAACACUAAUCAUACAAGCCUUUUCCUCAGUACGUCUAACUACAUUUGCAGUUUAAGCAGUUUUUUGUUGUGUGUACUGCCUGUAAACCAUGGAGUGUGUAUUGUCGGAUAAUUUUGUGUGAGAUCUGCCUUCCAUUUGCAAGUUCUAUACAAAUAAUCCAUGCCUUAUCAGGGAUGUUUGUAGCUUCCCGUUUGUGAUUUUGCACUUAAAAAAAAGUUUUUGAACUGUCA